AUGCUACAGGACGAUAUUCCUUUCGACAGUCUGCGCUCGCCCGCACCGAACAACUACAUGCAACCUCCACCCCGUCUUCAGCCCUACCACCUGCGGGGGUUCGAUCCCAACUUGCCAUUACUUGUCAGAUCCAAGGAGGACCCAUUUCCGCGCGCGAGAACAACCAACAGCGGCGUACCGGGUGGCGUCGACGAAAUGCUGUCAGUCUUCGAUGCGUGUCUGCAGGUAGACAAGCUGGACAGGGCCGCUCUCGUCCUUGAGCGCUUUGGCGAUAUGGGAGCACUACCGGACUCUGACCUGAUCGCACUCCAUAACCAAUACCUGCGCCGCGCUAUCGACCGAGCCUUUGCGCAACCUCAAUCUGAAUGGGCGCAAUCAUUGCACACAUGGUACGAGGUGCAGAUUCGAGGCAAAAACAUCCCUCAGACUCCCGAGACUAUUGCCUGCAUGCUCAAGGUGUCCCUGUUAUCAACCCAAGGUCCGAGGCUCGAACGACUCGUCGAACGUUAUAUGGACAUGAUGCCAGACGAAUCGAUAUACCAGCUGGCCGAAGAAGGUAUAUUAAACCAGCAGGAUUUCGGUAUUAUCACGAGCAUAUAUCAGCCCGCCUCCGAUCUUACUUUCGACGACUGGGAAGGCUUGCCGGAAGCGACAGAGCCUGAAACUCACUGUGAGGGGUUACCAACCGAUCUAUCUACCCAGUCAGAGCUCCAACGCAAUCUCGAAGUUCUGUCGGUGCCGCAGAAGGGAUUGGGUCUGAAAACUCUACGCGGCGUCUUGUCUUUCUUCGACAAGAUUAAGGGCCAGGAUCUAUCUAAGCUUUCAGUGGACCAACGUCGGGAAAUCCAAGGACAAUUGGAAAGAGAUUGCGUGGACGCCGCGAUAAAUCGAUGGAGAGAAGAACAUCAGGCGUUGAUGAAGAUGGGCCGAAACACGUCUUUGUCCACCAAUGCCUUGAACUCUCAACUCUACGACUGGCAGUGCUCUCUCGAGAAGAAGCUAGAAAACGAGUUCGCGUCAUUCGGCGCGUCCGAGGAACGAGAUCGGAAGUCACAAGAGGAUAUGGAUCGUUGCAUGUAUGCACCAUUCAUGAAGCAGUCAACACCGACAAGACUGGCUGCAGUCACUAUCAUGAGCGUCCUUAACUCCUUAGCAUCGAAUGGUGCAGAUAAGGGUGUUCAGCUAUCUGUUCUUCUCAACCAACUAUCCAAGUCCAUCGAGGAGGACGUCAAGUUUCAGCAACGGCACAAAGAUUGGGCGGCACGUAAAGCAAAGUUCGGUAAACCAAGUCGCAAUGGUGCCACAAGACAAUCUCAGGGGGCCGCCAAGUCGCCCACAGCUGACCAGCCCAACACUACUCAACCUGACACUAACAUCGUGGAUGUUCCGGUGUACGACACGAGGAAUUGGCCCGUUCUGAUCAGAACAAAGAUAGGAGCCGCUCUCUUGUCGGCCCUGCUGGAUAGUGCAAAGGUCAAAGUAGUUCGAGAGCAUCCCGAGACUAAAGAACUCGUCAGCCAGACCCAACCGGCUCUGGCUCAUACCACGGUGAAUCGCAAGGGCAAGAAGAUCGGAGUCGUCAUACCGAACAAAUUUCUGGUCGACUUGAUGAAGCGAGAGCCCCGCGGUGAUUUCCUCGCAAGACACUUGCCCAUGCUGGUCGAACCCGAACCGUGGACCAAGUUUGAUAAGGGAGGCUUUCUGGAAUAUCCUUCACAGCUUGUCCGAGUCAAACACGGCGAAAAGGACCAGCGAGUGUAUGCUGAAGCUGCCGUUCAGAGGGGCGACAUGGAGCAAGUGAGUAAAGGACUUGAUGUCCUCGGACGGACAGCCUGGCAGGUCAACAAGCCUGUCUUCGACGUGAUGUUGGAGGCUUGGAACAGUGGGGAGAAGCUCGCCAACAUACCUCCGCUUGAUCCUCAGAUUCCGAUUCCCAUAGAACCAGAGGCAUCUGAAGAUCCGUUGCAUCGACGACAGUGGUUGAAGCGAGUCAGGAUGGUGGAAAACGAAAAGUCAGGCUUACAUUCCGAACGAUGCUUCAUGAACUUCCAGCUCGAGAUCGCCAACGCUUUCCAAGACCAAACAUUCUACUUCCCUCAUAACAUGGACUUUCGGGGGCGGGCCUACCCGCUCCCGACAUAUCUUAAUCACAUGGGUGCAGACCAUGUCCGUGGCCUGCUUCGGUUUGCGACGGGCAAGGAACUUGGAGAAAGCGGGCUGCGAUGGUUGAAAGUCCAUUUAGCAAACGUUUUCGGGUACGACAAGGCCAGCCUUCGGGAACGAGAAGCAUUCGCGACAGACCAUUUGGAGGACAUAAUCGAUUCUGCGACAAAUCCUUUGACGGGUAAUCGCUGGUGGCUCAAGGCCGAGGAUGCAUGGCAGUGUCUGGCAGCAUGUUACGAAUUGAAGGCGGCAUUGGGGUCCCCCGAACCGACCAAAUAUGUGUCGCACCUCCCAGUCCAUCAAGACGGAACGUGCAAUGGGCUGCAACAUUACGCGGCACUGGGAGGAGAUCUCUGGGGCGCUCAGCAAGUGAAUCUGGAGCCUGGAGACCGCCCUGCGGACGUGUACAGUGCCGUGGCGGAUCUUGUCAAAGAGAGCAUUGCACAAGACCUGAAGGACGACAGUUUCCUUGCGAAAGCCGUCGACGGCAAGAUCACUCGCAAAGUGGUGAAGCAGACGGUGAUGACCAACGUCUACGGUGUUACAUUCGUCGGGGCAAGGAACCAAGUACUGAAGCAAAUCGACGCUGCUUACCCCCAUAUCCAGGAAGAGACGGGUAUUCCUGCUAUGCUCCUCGCCUCCUACGUCGCUACGAAGAUUUUCAAAGCUCUAUCUUCCAUGUUCCGUGGGGCCCAUGACAUCCAAUACUGGCUUGGGGAGUGUGCGGGGAGGGUGUGUCGCGCUCUUACACCAGAACAACUGGACCGCCUCGCAGCAGCACCGGAUGUAGAUGCCGCUCCAAAGAAGAAGACAAGGUCCACCAAAGCUGCUCCGAAGAAGUCAAGGGCGACAUUCAAUGAGCUCAUCAGCCAGUGCAGGUCGACCAUUGUCUGGACCACACCCCUGCGUAUGCCGGUUGUGCAGCCCUACCGAAAGAGUGGAACUCGGGUCAUCCCUACCUGUCUUCAGGACCUGACUCUUCAGAUUCCAGAACGGUCCGACCCAGUCAAUCGACGGAAGCAGCUGCAGGCCUUCCCGCCAAACUUCAUCCACUCUCUGGAUGCGAGCCACAUGCUUCUGUCUGCGUUGGAAUGUGACGAGCUAGGGCUCUCGUUCGCCGCCGUGCAUGACUCCUUCUGGACACAUGCCGCGGAUACCGACGUAAUGAACCGUGUCCUGCGUGACGCCUUCAUCCGGAUACACGGCGAGGACGUCAUUGGUCGUCUGGCUUCCGAAUUCAAAGCCAGGUACAAGGGCUCACUAUACCUUGCUACACUGAAUCAAGACUCGGAUGUUGAAAAGAGGAUAACUCAGCUUCGCAGCCAAGGGCGACUCUCGCUGAAAGACGAACUGUUUCAAGAACGCGAGAGGCAACGACUGCUGGCGUCUUCAGAUCCCGAGGAAGUACAAAAGGGUCGCGACAUGGUGACCCCUGCUACAAUUUACGAGGAGUUUGCUGCCUCCCAACCCUCGACUGCGAGUGCCGAGAUGGAACAAGUCGGGCUGGGCAACAUCCCUGAUGGGACAGUGGCUGGACAACUAGGAGUGGUUGAGGAGGAGGAAGACGCGGACGAUGCGGAGAACUCUUUGUCUGCCGCGGGUGUUGAUGCCCCAGAAACGGACUUGGAGUCUGACGAUGAGACUGAGACGGAGAGAGCGAUAAACCUGAUGAACAUGAGCGACUUUGAAGCUACCCUCUCAGGGGAGAGAACGAAGAAACCUGCAGUGCGAAGAACAGCGGUUAACAUCUGGCUCCCACUUACCUUUCCAGAAAUUCCAAAAAAGGGAGACUUCGACGUGAAUCGACUGAAGAGCAGCCAGUACUUCUUCUCGUGA